GGUAUGGAAUCGGGAGCGGACUCUAGAAUCAGUAGACAAUAUGAGUACCUGGUCACUGAGCUAGAAUCCUCCGACUCCUCUAUUGCGUCUACCAUCCGGGAGGUGUUUGAAAGCGAGAGACCCGAAGACCACCGGGCGUUCCUGGAAACCCUGAGUCGCCGUCUCACUCACCACAAUUCGAAGAUAGUCAAGAUGUGUAGUAAUAACUACGCUUUGUUUAGUGGCUCCGUUUCACAGUUGGUGAAUCUGUGCCCGGACGUGGGAAGGCUGCAGACUAAAUUGAACGGAAUAGCGGAACAAACAGCACAUGCAAUAGCUGUCGUGGAAAAGAAUCAAGAAGUGUUCAAGAAGUCUGUAUGCUCCUGUCGAAACAUAAUCGAGACUCGCUCCGCAAUUGAGAAGUGUCUUCCAGUUCUGCGCAUGCACUCAAACAUGCGCAAACUUCUAAAGACUCCCGAUAUGCAUUAUCACGCUUUAAAAAUGUUAGAAGAACUUUCAACUGAAGUUUUGCCACAAAUUGAAGAGUUUGAGUUCUCAAAGAAGCUCAGAGUUGAUUUGACACGAAGUAGGAAUACUAUUAAAGCAGAGGUGAACAGAUCUUUUAAAACCUAUUUGGAAUCCGCCUGGGCGAACGCGAAAAGAAUAGGUUGUAAUGCGAUGAAAAUUGUAGUGCAUACAGCCGAACAGUACAAACAGCAGAAUUUAAAAGCUUCUGGUCGAAGUCCUUCUAAAACUGAAACCAUAUCAGCACUUACUCAUAGUAAGUACACCUGGGAAUCCAUAGACGAGUCAUUGCGUAAUGUCGAUGACGUAAUCAACUUCAAAGCGCUUUUCAAGUGUCAGUUGAUUUUUGACACUUUGGAGAAAGAUAAUGCGGCGUUUAGCAGGUGGUACGAAACGCAUAGAAGAGACCAAUUGGCACAGUUGCUUUUGACUGGAUUUGGAAAGGAGUGUAAGCGGGAGAAAAUAUCCGAGUUUUUCGAGCAGGUUCUCGGAUUUUUUAUUAUUGAGUCAUACUUGGUUGAUUCGAAUAAGAAAAUUGUGAAUUGGAACACGAUUUGUGCAACAAGCGCAAAACAUGUUGGCUGGUGGGACGAAACGGUAGCCUAUAUUGAAGCCCAAUUAGUUGACGAAGUUCCGAGUAAAAUAAAAAUUGUUGAGGAUCUCAAGUACCUCAAAGAAAUACUUCUUCUCUUCUCGCAAACUGCCGAAAGCCUCUCACUGCCUUCGCCAAAGCUAACUCACUCUGCAUUCAAUCUUCGUCACUCGUUUGUGAACAAAUUAAACGACGCUUUCUCUCGCCGUUUUGUGACAAUUCUUUGGAAGGAAGUUUAUGCUCCAAUUGUGGUCAAUUCAAGUGCAAAAUUAAAAGAGAUCAGAAAGAUUUUCCCGAUUGAUUACAUUGAGGCGGCUAGGGGAAAAUGCGAGGUCGGCAGGACGCUGCCGUUUUCUGAAAGCGUGCCCAAAAUUUAUUUUACGUUGAAAGAGUUCGUGACAGAAUUGCAGAAUUUUUGCUCUGGCUAUCAAUUCAAUCCACAGGUUAUCGAAGAGUUUGUGAUCAAAUCGUUAGACAGCCUGAUUGAAGUGCAGCUGCGUGAAACGAUCCUCACUCUAAUCGCUUCAAUCGACGGAAGGGGGAAAAAGUCCAAAUUUCUUCCGGCAGAUAAGUCUCUAACGAGAGGUACUUUGAACUUUGGCGAACUGAGCCAACUGGCUUUGAACUGUGAAUGUCUGAGUGGGUCGAUGCCUCAUCUGGCCACUUUUAUUGCCAUGAGCAGGACUAGCUCUAGUGUGAUGGAUCCGAGGAACAGCUGCAGCAGACUGGUGCUGUUGGCCACUAUGGAUCCCCUGCAGGAGUUGGUCACACCUCAGAGCAGCUCGUGUAAGCUGAAUGCAGCCUCUAAUAUAGACAGUGUGGUGUUUGACGUGCAAUACCGAAUGAGGGAAUAUAUGAAGAUAAAGAUUGACGGCAUUUUGGAACUGAUUGACUACAACUGGACAACUGACCAAUCGAGCUCAGCCCCAAGUGAUUACGUAACUGAAGUUACAUCAUACCUCAAAAACGUGCGGAUGACGAAUAAGAACACACUGAGCAACGUAGUGGCUGUAACCACUUAUAUGGAGGCGUGUAAACAUAUUGCUGAACGGUUAAAAAGCGAACUUGUGGAGCCUCCUGAAAUAAGUUUCACUGCUUUGAAGUGCUUCGACAUGGAUCUGACAUGUUUUGAGAACUUCACAGCGCAACUGCAGUUCCCAGCCAGUGACGCGGAGACGUUACGAAUUGUGUUCAUUGAUGUUCGCCAGUUGGUCGACGUGUUGUUGAGAAUGGAAUUCGUGCAGUUUGUCUCGAUGUCAGCUGAUGCUUCUGUUCGAGUGAAAUACAGCCGAGUGAGGCGAGAGGAGCUGCUUAGUUUGCUUGAAAAACUGUUUAUUCACGAGGACAACAGAAGAAGAGCGACUGUGUUCAACAGGGGAGCAGACAGAGAUCUAAAAAAGAGUCUAGAGACCGCCAUAAGAGACCUUCGCCUUCAAAUCUAUCCUUAGUUUAACCAGAUGCUCUACUAGAACUGUAAUCCUUUAUCCAAGUCUCAAUUUGAAUACGCUUCCAAUCGGCAUUGUAGAAUCAGAAAUUUUGGAUUUCCGUCAUUCGAAAGUUUGCUCUUUAACUUUUUUUUACUAGUAAGAAUUGUCAU